AUGGAGCUAGUAGCUCUGGCAAAGGAGCUGUUUCAAAACGUGGCCGAACAUGCAGCCAGCUACCGACUCGGCCAAACGGGGCUGAGGUACUUGGAUCGCACACUCUGGGUGGUCGAGAAGUGUGCCAAGUGGGCAGUACCGCCUCCACUGGAUCAAGAUGAACGCCCUCAGCCUGAGCUGGUGCGACCUCUACCAUGGAUUUUUUUCCUGGCCAUGAUAGUGUCGCUUCGCAUCGCAAGGGAGUCGAUAUCGCUGCUCAACCUUGUGAUGGGGAAACCACCUCUGAGAUCAGCCGAUGUGGUGAUGUACAUCCAAAGCAAGCGGCGGUACCUCCGCACCCUUAAGUACCAAGGUAACCGAAUAAUGCGGGCGCGGACCAGCAGCGCCCAGCCCAGAGAGUCUUGGUCAAACGCCUUGCAUUCACUGUUUGAAUUCACCAUGUGCUUCCGCCGCCAAUCGUCGCACUACGGCAAUAAUAAUACCACCAGGGUUAGCAACAAUGAUGAAGUGCUGGUGGUGAAACGCAGCAAGCGUGUGCGCGAAGAGCCCGCCGCUGUGGCCAGCACCAACGAAACGACCAUGGAACGCCUCAUUGAGAAGAUGAUGGUUGACCUCGACGCUGACUCUGAUGAAGACUCCAGCUUUACUCUAACCAACGCAACCAGUCCAAAAAGCGAUCGCUCGGAUGUCACAAUAGAUUCGGAUCAGGACACAGUAUUUUACAAUGGCUCCAAUAAACAAAACGAAGAGGAAAAUAAUUCAAAUGAUCAGUAUGCUGAUAUGACAGCCGUGGCCAGCUCAACACCAGAGAUACCUAGUUCUCCGACCGAGGAAGAGAAUUCUCCACCGCCAGAGGAUAAACCAGUAGAGGAACCAAAGAGAUCACAAGAGGCUACACCUUCAAAGAUACCCCGAACGCCAAAUAAUGAACAGAAAAUCGCGAAUGGGCGAACAGUUAAGAGUGUGCCCAGCAAAAAGAAAGGAGCCUCGAAGGAGAAAGGCAGACGAGUUUCAGAGACGUCAGUGGACCAAAGUGCGUCGGCGAAUACCACUAUGUAG